CGUGAAGAGAGGCGAGACGGACACAGAGACGAAGAGAGGGCACCACGAUCAUAGGCUAAGGUACGUUGAACCAAAGUUUUGCUCCAAAUUCUCCAUUUUAGCACUUUGAACACAACAGUAAAUUUCCUAUACAAGGUCUAGAAAUCCCUUGUUGCGUAAUAUAGAGGCAAGGUAUUAGAUAUUUACUGGGUUAUAAAGCAGAUCACUUGUACCCAUCCGGCGUACAUUGCUCACUGCCUGUGCCUUGACAAGGUGCUCCUAUUCCCCCCCCCGCUAAAGGAAUAAAUAUUUCCAAGAUAAACAGUCUCCCUCGUUCGUAGCCAAGUUCAUUCCUGCUACAAUCGAUUUAAAUCAGACAUCAGACUGCACUUUUCACGGCCGGAUCAAUCAACAAAGGUUUCAGUGGUUACUGAAGCUUCUUAAUUUCUGCAGGCGCCACGAAUCGACAAAACAGGACCUUUUACGUAAGAAUUGAACAUGGUGUUCGUAGACCAGAAGCAGAAGUCCUUGGAGGUCUUAGACUGGGUGAUAAUUGGAGCUUAUUUUCUUGGUUGCAUAUUUGUUGGUUUGUGGGUGAGUAACUCGUUAAUUUCAUUUUUUAUUUGAAAAGUGGGUAAGGCUAUUCAUGAAGCAGACACUUCAAAUACUUCAUCUCUGAUUACAAAAGGCGCCCCUGAACGAUCAGAUAAAAUCUACGCUCGGUUAUCACGCAAGAUAAAAAUAUUACAUUUUUAGUUGUUUACACAUUUAUUUAUUUUUGUGUUUAUUUAUUUGUCUGUUUACUUAAUUUUUGGAUCGAGUUUCCAUCGUGCAGAUCGAAAAGUUGUUGUUAUCGAAAAUCAGCUUUAUAAGUUGCAAAAGCUAAAAAAAGUGCACAAUAGCCGCGCGCUGUUCUGCUGUGGGAUUGUACUAAGGAAAGGCGAGUUUUUUAGGGAUCGGGUGAUCUUUUUCAUUUUCUUUAGCUUAACGUCCUCGUAGGCUCUCGUAUCGAGAAGAAAGCGACAAAGGCUAGAGAAUUUUGCGUGAGCAAGAUGAGAUAAAAUGAUUAACUCCACCCUGCGAAAAAUCCAACACGCGAACGUGCUCGCGGGCUACUUUCGGCUAGAAAGAAGCUGGAACGACCUGCUUGUGGCGUGAGGUAUCAUCAGACGUCGGACGAAAGUUGGAGUCUUAAAAUUCUUUAAAAAACCAUUUCUGGGCACACCUUUUAAAAUAAUUCGUAUUUUGUCUCGCACAUGUACAGCAUGUGUCGCUCAAUUUUUUCAAUUGUAUUGAUCCACUUCUAUCGUCAACUCAUUACCUAAACAGCGUCCAUUGGUUAGAAUGUUUAUACCAGACUGAAUUCCACCUUUUCUUGAUCUUUAAUUGUGCUCAUGAUUUUUCCAUGCUCCUGAGACUAUCAAAUUUCCCCUUUGCAACAAACCCUCCAAUCUCUAAGAGCAAAAAAAUUUAUAAGUUGUUAUCGGUUGGAGAUUUAUUCCUACUGCGUUAGAAGAAAAGUUUUGGUGUAUCAAUACUGGAUUUUUAAGCUCGCGCCAAAUUAACAGAUAGCGAAGACCUUUGUAGGUUAUCUAAACCAUCAAUCCGGGAAAAUCCAUAUCCGAUCCGUGCCCAGAAGUCACGCCAUGCACUGCACAGCAAAGCACGUGAUCGGCCACGUGAACUGUACACUAGAAGGAGGAGGUUCUCUAAGGUGACUGUAGCUUUCCCCUUCCCUUACUGUUGUUCAAUUUUAAUUUCUUUUUCGUAAAACCAGUGGGAGCCUUUGAUGAGGAGAGAGAUCGAGCUGAGAGGCAGGGCGAGACGAACCAGCGCACGCGAUAGUAUCACUGGCGGGAAAGGCAAUGCGCGCGCUUACCAUGUAUUAUUAAAAGGGUACUUCAUAUUGUUGUUGUUGUAAACUCUCAAUUAUCUCUCACAGUCCAAGUUUAAGAAACAGAAAGGAAAGGAUGAAACUGCUGAAACGUACUUUUUGGCCGGAAGAUCCAUGCUGUGGUGGGCAGUGAGUACAGCUUGUUUGUUAAUUUACAAUAAUUCCUACCCAUUUGGUCAUUUGUUUAUUAGCGCGACCAGCGCAAAAGCCUAUUCAAGUCGAGUAGCACCUAAUUAUAAAGCAGAAGGAUGCAGGGGAAAAAAAUAAACAUAGUUCCCGACAGAACAGAACGAAGGAGAAAUCGAGUUUCCCCUAGCUCGUCUUCGCUAGAUAAUGGGCAGUCGGCGCCAGGCAUAGAUAAUUCAGGACAGCACGACCUCAUAGAGCGCAGUGUAGUAGGACAGUUUUAAAGCACUUGAUUGGUUCCUUCUUAUUUCGUGUCUAGGCAAAACCACUCUUGGCAGGUCGUGAUUCUAAUUAAACACAAGUUAAAAUUAUCACAAAUCCUCGUGCCCCUUAUCUCAAAUUUUGUUAAGUGUUAAUUAAUUGGUAACAGAGUGUCUAAAAUCGAGCUCACGAUAGAAAAUUGACCCCCCGCAACUCGGUCGUCCGAUUUUGUUGAAUCACUUAAACGAUUACAGAUUGAAUUCAGUUGUCCUCAGUCUCACUACAAUUAAUUAUCAUUGUCGUGAUUAAAAAAAUCGGACCCUGACGAUCUGCUUUGUUCAAUCACUUCUAUGAUUAGAGACCGAAUUGGACUCUACUCAGCUCGACCUUUUAGUAAAAGCUAUUACAUACCAUUAUAAAUAUCUACCCUGAGUAAUGAUUGGCUGACGUGAUUAACCAGAGUUAUUUCUUUAUGUCGUGCCUUGUGAUUGUCAAUUGAAAGGCAAUCUAUUACAGCAAAUAAAGGUAACUCUAGCUGACUCUAGCAAAGACAGCAAAUACGGCCAACACCCACUCCCUCCGAUAAAACAGGUGGCACUAUCCCCAGUUUUCCCCUUUACAAAGAUGAAAAUUGCCCUCGCUUUGCAAACGCCGUCUUUUAACAAAACCACAGAGACAUGAGGGGUCUACUGCAGUCUGUAUUAAGAUCGCAAGUGUUCCGAGGAUUUAGGUCUGAGGUUAUGACGUUUCAAAAGGAAAAGACCUUGCCUUUCGUCGGUUAUUUUCUUUUACUCUCUAAAAAGUCGUGAAAACUCUCUAUAUAUGAACACGUUGAAUCAAUCCCUAAGGCGGUUCCCUAAGGCCGACACUCGUUUUUGAAGAAGGACAUUUAUUGGCGGUAUAUUUCACAACUCUCUGUCGAAGAGAAGUAGACUAUACUUGGCAUCAUGCAUGAGUCAUAGUCAGCUGUCAGACUUUUUAAACAUAUUUUCUAGGUUGGACCCAGUCUUUUUGCCAGUAACAUGGGAAGCGAACAUUUUGUGGGUUUGGCUGGCUCUGGAGCUGCAACUGGAAUUGCUGUGGUGGCAUACGAGUGGCAGGUAUCACACUUAUUUCACGUGUUUUUCAAUACACUAACCCUUUUACUCCUAAUUGUAAAAUUCCCCAAAAUUCAAAUUUCUUUUUUGUAGAAUCCUAAGAAGUAAAUGAUACAUUCAAAAGUUCGGCAAAGACGUUUGUUUCAUUUGAAUGGAAACAUGGCAUAGGAUUUCGUCCACAUGAUUUAAAAACUAGAGAAUUCAUUUGCCAUAGCUUGGCCUAUUACUGAAAGUUCUAAUCACGUAACCAUAUUUGUAUAUAAUAAUGCAAAAUACCUGAUGUGUAAUGAUCUCGAAUACACAUAACUACACCUUUCAAGCAGAUAUUAUGAGGAUUUGUUUAGGUUUUAAUAGCAAUAUUCCCUUUAUAGGCUAGUUGGAUUUUACUUCUUCUUGGCUGGAUUUUUCUGCCAAUCUACUUGAGAUCGCGGGUGAGUUUCUUUUUCCUUUUAGUGUAAGUUAUCUUUCUUGGUUUAGCCAAGUAAACGACUUGAUAUUUUUUCUGCCUUUUUUGCCGUCGUAUUUUAGUGCUGAUGAGAACUUUAGAACAGCAAGUCAAAUCACGAAAUGUUUGUAAUACUAUUUGUCUCUCAUUCCUCGCAUAAUAGGUUUUCACGAUGCCUGAAUACCUACAGAAGAGAUUCCAAAGUCGUUGGGUCAGGACGUAUUUGACCGCCGUUGCUCUCAUUUCUUAUGUAUUUACUAAGACUUCGGUACGUUAGUAUUAUUUAACACAAUUGUGGUAUGUUAUGUUUAGUAAACGCGAAUGUGCUGUGGAGUAUUUUUCGAGGUCUCUUUCGUGUUAUCAAGUCAACACGCCAAUUCAAAUUUAUCUAGGGGAGAAGCCAUUCACGCAAAAUUUUUCUUAGUAUUACUACUUAUAAGGUGAGCUUUGAGAUCUUGUAAGGCAGACUUGGGUGCAGGGUGUAUUCAAAUACGUAUACGUUGGUAUUAAAAGUUUUUUCUUCAGUCCCGGGGAGGACUCCAAUAUAAAAGGGACUGGUAUGCGCGUAAGUGGAAUUAAAUCUCUAAAGAAGAUAAAGGGGACCAAUCUGGGCGUGGCUUCCCCGUUAGCUGUUCAAAACACCCAGAGUGUUUCAUUUGAGCGCAAAGACAACUGUUGUUCGUUUUUUAUGCAUUAGAUAAUCUUUCAUCGGAAGCCCUUUGGACACCUCCUUAAAUCAUGCACACCUGCAAAUUGAACCAACUACAGCUGACGUUAACGAUAUGCGCUUUCGACGUCUCACCUCUCGCAUACAACACAAUCGUCUCUAGGCCUUUUUUUGGAAUCAUGAGAGUGUUGUUCGAUGAUUCAUCCUUGGAAAAUCUGUAGACUGGGCUUAUCGUUAACUGCAAUUUUUUUUCAGGUCGAUAUCUACGCUGGUAGCGUAUUUCUUUACGAAGCUGUUGGUUGGAAUAUUUAUAUUUCUGCCGCUUGCAUUUUGGCCAUCACAGCCGUUUACACCGUCCUGGGUAAGAUAGUAGGAUUUAAACGUAAGCUCCAUGACUAAAAAUAAAGUCGAAGCUCACAUGCUUAACGAAGCAAUCGCAUGUCACUAUGAUGCCAGAGUUCCCUUAAGGGACCUUGGAUGGGCCACCUUUUUGAAAUCUCGUGGUCAUGGCGUCGUUCCAAAUAGUUCCCAGAUGGUAUUUUGCGUUCUGAUUGGUCAUUAAAUUUUGCGUCUGCACUGAUCAGUUGAUUAGUGAGUUCUUUUCAUUUUAAGACCCUCAAUCGAAAACCCCUCUGCAAGUGGAGUGGAGUGCCUGCAACUAGCUGGAUAAGCCAAGUGCACUUUCCACUAUAAACAAACCUUUAACCUGUAAUCAAGUAUCAUGAAUCAUAUUCUACUGUUUUUUGUGUAUGUCUUACACCCCUUACAGUCAUUUAUUACAAUCCCUCUCGUUGACUCUCAUUCUAAAAAACUACUUAUCCGAUUGGAUAUUUCAUCCACUACUGCACUUCGGAAACGUCACUCUGCUCAUCGCAAAUCUUCCAACUUCUGUUACUGGCUUGUUAAAUCUUAGGUCCCUUUCCCAUUGCCUCUCUGCUCUUCCUUUUUCCCUUUUACCAUUCAUCCUUCAAUCUAAAAUGAUCUUCUCUAUCCGUCACUUCUUUUCCAAUGUAACAGCCGAGAUAUUUUAGGUUUUGUUUCUUUACAAAGUCUUACUUGCCUUACGCUAAGAAGUUAAUUGACAUCUGCGGUUUUCAAUAAAGGAGUGACUGUGAACACGUAUACAAAGCUCUUCUUCGUUAGCAUGACUGACUUUUCUUUUUUCUUUCUAUAGGUGGGCUGACAGCUGUAAUCUUUACCGAUGUUCUUCAGUGUGUAAUUAUGAUUAUAGGCGCAGUUAUAUUGGCAAUAAUGAGUAAGAACAGUGCUUUCCUUUUUGUAAUAAUCGAUGUAGAAAUACAUUUUAAAACAAAAAUCAACGAUAUAAAAAAAACUUGAUGUUUUGAUGGCUUCACACUAGAAGCUAAGUUAGUCACAAGUAAGCACUUGAUUCAAGUGCACUUGGAAAUCUUAAGUCGCUCUGAAGAAAACAUGGCUUCACACUUGUUGACAAAGUAUAUUACUUGAAGUAAAAGCUGUCAAUUUCUCCGUUCAUUAGAAUCUUUGAACCGUUGCACGUGCACAUCGCGCACAUGGCUUCCAUUUCUUAUUGGUCAAGUGUGUUCUCAACUGUGGUGUAGCCCACACUUGGCGGCGAACUUCGGCGACUUUGAACUACGAACGUUUCCACGGUCACCAAGUAAAGUUGAAUUAGGUACAUUUUACCCCUUCACACUCAAAGCAGGUUCCAAGUACACUUACAGUAUACUUGAAGCUCUAGUGUGAAGCCAACAAACAUCUCGAGUAUCAGACACUCUAGCUUCCCUCGGCAUUUCUUGAGGAGUUUAAAGUUUUCAAGGUUUACCCGCUUCACUCCCUUUUUCUCGAUGAAGUGCUUGCCAACUACUGGGUAAACGCAAGUAUUGGUUCGAAUUGGUGAUUCCAGUAGUUCACACCAUGGCCCAAUAAAGUAUAGAGUUCCAAUCGUUUAUAAGAUUCACUUAAUGGAGUCCUAAUUAUCUGAUUUCAGGCUUCGUGAAAGUUGGCGGCUACAAUGGUUUGUGGGAACAUUAUGGGAAUUCUUUGGGUAAGUCGGUUCGCACAGCAAAAGCGCCUUGGACAACAUUAAUGACCAACGUCUCCACAACAACUGCAACAACAAUGGUCACCACAGACAACACCACCCCAACAUUGCCAACAACAACAGCACUGUUGUCAACAUUGGCAGGUAAUGUCUCCACCGCAGCCGCUACAGUUGCAACAACAGUGGUUAACGCCACCGCAAAUUUUACCCAAAUAAUACCCACUAACGCCACCACCAAGUCCACAACAGCACAGCUGACCACAUUGGCCAAUGAUGUCUCAACAUCAGCUGCAACAAUUGCAACGACAUUGGUCAAUGCCACAACCAGUAUGACUCAAAUAAUGUCGACAAACCUGGCAGCAGAAGCAGAAUGUUUUAAGUUGACUGAAAAUUGGAGUAACAUGUUUCGACCUCUUGAUGAUCCUGACUACCCCUGGUUGGGAUUGUGGAUAACACUGCCAAUCAUGGGAGUCUGGUACUGGUGUACUGAUCAGGUAUGGGCCUUCGAGUCCCACUGCGGUUAUACGCCGCCUAAGGCGUUUCUAUUAUUAUAUUAUUCUGCGGGAUUUUAUUUACCAGUAAGUGGAAACAUGUAUCAGGAUCAAACUCGUUCUAAGGGUCCUUCCUACUCAGCCCCCGUGGCGAGAGAGGAGAAGGCCCUGGGAACGAAGUUGGUAUCGGGAUAUGUAAAUUAAUUCGUUAACGUGACUAUCUUUCAUUUUUCUUCUCAAGAAAUAUCGAGCUCCUUUUCGGUGAAAACGCUCUGUGACCCAGUAAAAACCAUGCUGAUAAAAUGGCGCCGACAAUAGAGUGAUUUUAUUUGACACGUGAAACUGCAGAUACUCAACUAUUGCAAAAUAGCUACAAGUAAAGAAGAUAGUGGAAUUAGUGCAUACAUUGUAAUAGUGCGUAGUAUUCUACUACCUAUUUCACGGGUUAAGUAUAAUCACUCUAACACCAGCUUCAAUUUUCAAACACUUAGAACUUGUUUAGUAAACUGACAGGGCAUUUGAAAUAUCUUAAACUUAGCUUUGAGUUGCUUUUCUUAGCUAUUGCAACUUUCUCUUGUUUGAUCUCGAUACAGUCAGUCGUCGGGAUAAUUUUGCACAAAACGAUUCACAUUGAUCCCUACCCCUUUAGACUUGUCCUCCACGUUUGUAGUUUUUGUGUGGCCAUUGUAAUGAUAAGGCAUUGUGCAUCAGUAAUUGUAUGUUAAAACGCGUUUUUCGACGAACGAAAUAGGGACUUUAAGAUCCAACGACGCGACGGCAGUGAGAACGUCGCUUAAAAAGUGAAUUUGCGUUCUUUCAGUCUAUAUCGAAAUUAUUCCUACCCACUUACUUUGUCAAAUGUAGGCGAACCCUCCUGGAGUUGAAUUCCUGGGCACCUUAUCCAAGUGCAGAAAGAGAAACAAAAUUUCGUCGUUGCUUGUUUACGUCCUCCAUAAAACGCGAAAUUAGGCAUGUUCACGUCGUAGUCAUGCAAAAAACGGGCAAAGAAAUGUACAAAAAAAGCGUGGUGCACGUGCAAAGUUGUUGUUUUGCUAAUAAAACCCAUUGUUUUUUUGACGUUCUCGUUGCCGUCCGCGUCGUUGGAUAUUAAAGUCCCUAAUGAAUAUAGGGGUAGGAGGUGUCUGUUAAGGAAGAUUUGAUUGUAUAACAUACUAAAUUAAUCCCUUAUGCUGUUCAUACAAUUUAGGUUAUUGUCCAACGAGCCCUUGGUGCUAAGAAUAACACCCAUGCAAAAGCAGGAUCUGUCUUGGCUGGUUUCCUGAAAAUCCUGCCAAUUUUUGUUAUGGUUAUGCCUGGAAUGAUCAGUCGAGUGUUGUUUCCUGACUCCAUCGCCUGUCCAGAUCCGGAGAGCUGCAAAGUUCACUGUGGCAAUGAGUUUGGCUGCACAAACAAUGCAUAUCCCAAGUAAGUUAAUGGCGCUUGGUAAGAUAUUUUCGACAUUCUUAGACAACAGUCCGUCUGAAAAAUCGGGCAAGGGUAACUAUUUUGUGACUUAAAAACAACCAUAGUUGCGGUCAUUGUAGCUGGGACCUGAAAUGGGCCAGAAAGUUUGGUUGAUGGGCGUAAAAAUUAAAAGAUUAUAACCGUAAAUUGUGAGAAACAUUCUUACCACAAUUUGCCAAUGUAAGUGUCAUUAUGGUAGCUCGUAAGGACUUUUCGGUGUUUUGACCACUGGUUAAUUAUCACGGAAAUGUCCCAGAUGAGACUAGCCUAAUUUUUCCCUAUCCCCUUUCCUUUCCGACGCCUACUACUCAGGCUGAAAACGCUACCUCGUCAUCAACAUUAUCUUGAAAUUCUUGCGAAUCGCUUCGAAAUUUACAGUAAGUCGCAUUUAACACAAAUGCUCAAGUAGGCGUCUACCGUGAAAUCCAUCAUCUCAUCAAGACACUCAAUUAAGAGCGGGACAAUGAACUGCCAAAGUUAACAAAAAGACAAAUUUUGUACUCACUCUUUUCGAACACUUUAUAGGUUAGUGCUGAACGUUCUUCCGACCGGUUUGGUUGGUCUGAUGUUGGCGGUUAUGAUGGCAGCAUUGAUGUCUUCACUUUCAUCAGUGUUUAACAGCAGUGCUACCAUAUUCACUGUUGAUGUUUGGCUACGCUUUAGACCCCAGGUACAAAAACACGUACAAUUUACACCCUUAAGAUAAAUAAGUUUUCAUCUAAUGCAUCAAUCUUUUACCACUUCAGGCCAAAGAAAGAGAAAAAGUUAUUGUUGGUCGCGUAAUUGUGGCGGUUCUUGUUGGCGUCAGCUUGUGUUGGCUGCCAAUCAUUCAAGGUAACGUGUUUUCUCCCUUUAAUUUUUCUUUAGAUUUGUCAGAUGUCAGGUGUUGUUUUAUCUUUCUGCGUUCGAAUUUAUGACCCUCAUGGCUGGCGCUCAAAGGACAGGCGAAAAGAAAAAAACCGUGCGUGCGAGAAGGACACAAGGCGCCCUCAAUAUUCUCGCAAACUGAAUUGACCAUGAAAAAGUUGUACCAUCUUUGAGCCUAACAUGAACGUCAGGUCAACACGAAACUCAUGGUGACAAACCAAACCAUUACGCCGUCCAGUAUAAUCUAAAGUCUCGUUUUAUCAUUUUGUUUUUCAGGCUCUGCUGGUACGCAGCUGUUUGUUUACAUUCAGACCAUUCAAUCCUACCUGGCUCCUCCUAUCACCAUGGUGUUUGGACUGGGUAUCCUGUGGCCUGGACUCACCUCCGCUGGUGCUUUAUCUGGACUCGUCAUUGGUUUUAUCUUGGGAAUGGCCAAGUUCAUUGCUGGAAACGUGUACCCUGCCCCUAGAUGUGGCGCAGUAGACGAUCGUCCUGGAUUUGCUAAAAUGCAUUUCAUGUAUUAUGGUGAGAAUUUACUGUUGUAACAACACUGUAUAGCUAACGAACAAACGAAUCCGGCUGCCUUCCCAAAAGCCCCCUAAGUGUCUUUCGCGGUGCGCCUGAUGUCUUAUCAUCCUCUCUGCGCUUGGAGCCUGGGGACGAGACAGCGAUUCCAGAGCUUGGACUGUCCGUCAGUUUGCAAACACGUAUAAAAUAUGUCCGAAGAGACCGUCACUUUGUGUGAUAAAACUUACUGAGUCCACCUUAAUGGGUCUAUAUUGAUUGUUACUAUUUAUUUACAGCAAUGAUCAUUUUUGGUGUCUGCGGGUUGAUAAUGGCGGUGGUGAGCUUUUUUACAGAGAAAAUUCCCCGGGAUGAACUAGGUGGUCUUACAUGGAGCACUAUCAAUGAACCCCCAAUUUCUCACGGAGCACUUGGAGAAGAAGAUGACGCGGAAAAAACUGAAAAUGGUCACGUCAAAAGAGAUUCUAUAGAGUUGCUGAAGAAUGGUAAGACAACAGUUAAAGUACUGAAAAUCAUUCAUCUAGAAAUUCAAAUUCGCUUUAUUACACUCCGCUGUGUCUUGUAUCUUUAAUCGUUUUCUCGGUGUUUGCAUAACUAGAUGAAACACUCCUUCUGGUGUUUGAUAUUCCACUUCUCGGUGAUUGAAUAAUUUUAUUGGAUGCAACACUCCUUCUCGUGUUUGAUAUACUACUUCUUGGUUUUUGAAUAGCAAAUGAAAAACUCCUUCUUGUGUUUAAUAUAAUACUUCUCGGUGUUUGAUAUCAGAUAAAACAUUCCCUCUCUUCUUUGUGUAUUACACUUCUCGUUGUUGGAUAUCAGAAGAGACACUCCUUCUCGAGUUUGAUAAACUACUUUUCGAUGUUUUGGAUAUCAGAUGAAACACUCCCUCUCGUGUCUGUGUACUAACUUCUCGGUGUUUGGAUAUCGCGUAAAACAUUCCUUCUUAUGUUUGAUAUAUUUCUUUCUUCUAGGGGGCAAAGAUGAAACCUUCGACUCUCCAGAAGACACUGGCGAGGAAGAGAAACACAAGCUGUCACGCUCAGCUAUAAAGCCUGACAAAAUUAAGCUGACGGUGGUAAAAUUCGCUGAGGAAGAUCCGAUUGUUAAAUGGUUCCUGCGGUUCCUGAGCUUCUUGUUGCUUCUUGCUUUGUUGUUCUUGUGGGUGUACUAUCGUUAA